AUGCGUCUGCAAUACCUAUCUUUGAUUCCAGUUCUCAGCAGCGUGGUGGCUGCCUCUGAUUGCAAAUGCACCCCCUCUAACCCCUGCUGGCCCUCCCCCACCGACUGGAAUUCCCUCAACGAAACCAUUUCUGGCCGCUUGAUACACACCACCCCCCUUGGCUCAGUUUGCUAUCCCACCGAACCAAACUACAACAAAGACGCCUGCUCAUCUGUUCUCUCAAACUGGACGAAUUCAGCUUUCCACUCCGCUGAUCCAGCGAGUAUUGAUGGCCCAGAGUGGGCGGGUAGUAGCUGCAACCCGAUCUACCCGAAUGGAACAAGUAUCACGGGCGACCCACAUGCCGGGAGAAAGGGAUGUUCGGUUGGAAAGUAUCCGCCAUAUGUGGUGAAUGUGACGGAGGCGAGUGAUGUGCAGGUUGCGCUGCAGUUUGCGAAGAAGUGGAAGUUGAGGUUUAAUGUGAAGAAUACGGGGCAUAAUGCGGAGAAGACGGCUGCUUAUGGGAGUUUAUCGGUGUGGAUGCACAAUCUGAAAGAUAUCCAAUUCCAUGAAUCCUUCCAGCCACAGUCAUGCAAAACCAACAAGACGCAGAUGGCAGCUACCAUCGGUGCCGGCGUCCAAGACGGAGAGCUCUUCGCAGCAAUGGCCAAAUACGAUGCCAUGGCCGUUGGUGGAACUAACGCUGACGUCGGCUUCGUCGGAUGGGCCACUGGCGGCGGACACGGUAUGGCAACAGGCACUUACGGCAUGGGUGCAGACAACAUCGUCCAAGCUGUGAUUGUCACGCCAACUGGAGACAUUCUCACUGCGAACGAAUGCCAGAAUGAGGAUAUCUUCUGGGCGAUUCGUGGUGGAGGCGGAGGCACGUUUGGCGUUAUCAUCAGUGUCACCGUUAAAGCCUACAAAAUGCCAUCAACAACCUUGGUGGGUGUUGAUCUUUCCAGAAAGAAUGGCACUUCAUCUAAGGAUUGGUGGAGGCAUAUCGCAGAAGUUCAUGGUACAUUCCCGCAGUUGCAGGAUGCCGGAGCUCAUGGGUAUUAUUCUUCGUCUGCUCCUUCCGAGUCGUUUACUAUUUCGCUGCUUCUAUACAAUACCACCAAUAGCACGACUCAGAGGAUCAUUUCGCCAUUGAGAAAGAUGCUAAGCGCAGCGAAUGCCACUGCUACAUUCGCUAUUACAAGCCAGUCCGUUCCAAAGUGGUAUGAUCUCGUCAAGAACCUACCGAAUAUUGAAAGUGUGGGGACAACACAGGGUAUUCGGACAUCGAGGUUUAUACCCCGCCGUGCUGUCGAGGAUGUCGACUUACUCGCUGAGAUGCUGGAGAGGAGUACGGAGAAGGGAUUAUCUGGAAAUGGCGUCUCGAAUCCAUCCAUCUCUGGUACAAUGACAGGCAGCAAGAUAGCAGUCAACAACGCCCUGAACCCAGCAUGGAGAGACUCCAUCGCCCAUCUCAUCGUCAGCCAAAGCUGGGAUGAUACACUGCCUGAAUCUGUGGCAAACAAGACAAUAUACGACAUGACAUAUAAGAGGGGAUAUGCACUCCGACAGCUUGCCCCUGAUUCAGGUGCUUACUUUAACGAGGCAAAUCCAUAUGAAAUCGACUGGCAGUGGUCUUUCUUCGGACCCAACUAUGCUCGUCUUCAUGAGAUCAAGCAAAAGUAUGAUCCGGAGGGGAUUCUCUGGUGUCAUCACUGUGUUGGAAGUGAAAGAUGGGCUGAGAGACGGGAUGGAUCCCUUUGUCGUGCUUAUUGAGUUAUCCGAAUAACUCAGACAGAUGGAUGGAGUGUAUUAUAUUGAAUUCUUUGAAACCGCUGUAUACGAGAAUGUUUCUAUAUUGAUCGCCACUUGCCCGAACAGUACUAGUGCUUAUUAUAAACACAACUAUAUAAACUCGCUCUUUUCUAUUCCUCCAUCUUCCCUUCAUCUCUUCCAAAUAUUUAUAAAAAUGCCCUCCAAAAUCUACCUCGUGACAGGCGCAAACAGAGGCCUCGGUCUCGGCCUCGUCAAAGCCCUCAUCGCCCGCCCCUCCGCCACAGUCAUCGCAACAG